AUGGCCGAAGAUAAUAAUAAGCAAAACCCGGACACAUCAGAUGAGGGUUUAUAUGAUUUCAUGGUCCCUUUGUGCCCGGGGCCUUAUGUCACUAUUCAAGUCGGCGACAAAGGGGCCAAGUACAAAUGGCUGUACCUGAAUCGCAUCGAGUUCCCAUCGCAGAUUCAAGGAAGAUGCAUCAAUGCGUACAUCGAACUGGCUCGACUGGCGGACAUGUGGGCUAUCACAGGCAUGGAACAACUUCUGGCUGAUAAGAUCAAGGCCGUCAUUACCAGCUCUAUUCCUCGAGUUAACCUAUCAUGUGUUGGAGGCGAAAACGGAAAGAUUCGUCACCUGACUUCUAGCCAUAUCAAGUCGGCCUCGAUGUUGUUCAAGGGUCAUCCAGUCCGCGCUCUCAUCGCUGAGGCUUCGGCCGGUCCCUUCAUUCUCAUGGACAAUUUUAAGUUCGCCAGAGAGCUUCGUGAAAACGCCAAUUAUGCUGGUGAUCUGCUUGACGAAUUGAAGGAUUUGAUCAAAGGGCAGGUCAAGGACAAGAGAGUCAUCACUCCCUACACCCUUCAUUAUUGGAAGAGUUCUUGA